GUUCCGAACUUCCGGAACUGAUUUCGUAAAAAGCAAAUCCACUGUAGAUUUUUGUCAAUUGUCAUACUUCGUAAUUUCUACGUAGUCUUAUUGGUAGUUGCGCGGCAAUUAUUAUCAUUUGAAAAGUAUUUAUAUUUUUAUUUUAAAAUGAGUGAUAUUAUUACAGCUAUAGCCCCUGUUAAUAUAGCAAUGAUAAAAUAUUGGGGAAAACGUGAUGAGGAAUUAAUAUUACCGUUAAACGAUUCCGUUAGUGCUACAUUGGAUACAAGUGUUAUGUGCGCUAAAACUUCUGUAUGCGCUCGUUUAGAUAUCUUAGAAAAUGAAAUAUGGCUAAAUGGCAUUCAGACUUCGUUUUCCAAUCAACGAUUACAAAAUUGCCUCAAUGCAAUAAAAGCAAUAGCGAGUGAACAACAAAGUGUUAAUGAAGAAUUUUUAUCAUGGAAUGUUCGUAUUUGCUCCGUAAAUAAUUUUCCAACCGCCGCCGGUUUAGCAUCUUCAGCUGCAGGGUAUGCUUGUUUAGUAACAGCCUUAGCUAGAUUGUAUAAAGUAAAAACUGAUGUCAGCAAAAUUGCCCGUGUGGGAUCUGGCAGUGCUUGCAGAAGUGUAUAUGGUGGAUUCGUAAGAUGGCAUGCAGGGGUCAAAGCUGACGGAAGUGAUUCAAUAGCAACUCAAAUAGCCGAUUCUUCUCAUUGGAAAGAAAUGAGAGUUUUAAUACUUGUUGUAGCAGAUACAAAAAAACACAUAAGUUCAGUAAAAGGAAUGAGUUGUUCCGUGGAGACAUCAGAACUGCUCAAAUACAGGGUUGAAGUGUCUGCACCUACACGAGUAAAACAAAUUUGUGAAGCUAUAAAAGACAAAGAUUUCUCAACAUUUGCAGAAAUAACUAUGAAAGAUAGUAAUCAAUUUCAUGCUGUGUGCCUUGAUUCAUACCCACCUUGUGUGUACAUGACGGAUGUCUCCCACAAAAUUGUUGAAAUAAUACAUAAAUAUAAUGAAUUUUGUGGAAAAAUUAAAGUGGCUUAUACUUUUGAUGCAGGACCAAAUGCAUGUUUGUACCUAUUAGAGAAGGAUGUACCAGAAAUCCUUUCAUUGAUAAAACACAUGUUUCCUACUACUUCUGAUGAUUUUAUCAAAGGUUUAGAUGCUCCUACAACAAAUAUUGAUUUACUUAAGGAAUUUCCGAUGAAACCACUUGAACCAAAUUUACUGAAAUACUUAAUUUAUACUAAACUUGGUGAUGGACCUCAGAUUAUAUCCGAUGAGUCUCAUCUUUUAAAUGCCCAAGGAAAUUUACUAUAACAUUGAACAACCAGUUCCAAAUAAAUAUUAUAUAAAUGAUUGGA